GUCAGCUGCUGCUUCGCUCGGAGCUACAAUCAUCGAGAGGGGAAGCAGGAGGGGGCACGAAGCCGGCUUCACCGUAGAGAAGGUUGAAACAAUAUUGUGACUGGACGGUGCCGCCAUUAUGCGCAAUGCCACCUUGUAUUUUCACCUCGUGCGUCUAUCAACAUCGCACAGUGCACACCGCACAUCGAUCCAUUUGUUUACGGAGGUCGUCUGCUAGAUCGACAUUUGACGUUUCUCGACGUUUAUAACGAGUUAUGCUGUGAGAAAAGCGCGCUUGUAUGUGACUGCUGCGGACGAACGAAUCCGCGAUGCCGGGGACCGAAGAGAGUACAACGGAGCUGGGAGAGAUAGAGAAUGUCAGAGUAGUGGUGCGAGUUCGCCCAUUGAGCAGCAAGGAACUUGAACUCCGCAGUAAAAACAUAAUAGAAAUAGAUGCUUUGAACGGCGAGAUCACCAUAGAGAAUCCAAACGCAGCGCAUGGAGAACCGCCAAAAGUCUUCUCCUUCGAUGCUGUGUUUGACACAGACUCGACCCAGGUGGAUAUCUACAACGAAACAGCCAGGCCGAUAGUUGACAAAGUGCUGCUAGGCUACAAUGGAACAAUCUUCGCGUAUGGUCAAACUGGCACCGGCAAGACUUAUACCAUGUCCGGUGCGAAAACCUCCCCACAGGCCAGGGGAAUCAUUCCAAACACAUUUGCACACAUCUUCGGACACAUAGCUAAAGCUGAUGAAAAUCAAAACUUUUUAGUGCGUGCAACAUACUUAGAAAUCUACAAUGAGGAAGUUCGCGAUUUACUUGGUAAAGAUCAGAACACACGGCUUGAAGUAAAAGAAAGACCAGACAUUGGAGUGUUCGUGAAGGAUUUGAGCGGAUACGUGGUAAACAAUGCUGACGAUCUGGACCGCAUAAUGUCUCUAGGCAAUAAAAAUCGCGUUGUUGGAGCUACUGCCAUGAACGUGUCCAGUUCGAGAUCGCACGCAAUAUUUACAAUAACCGUCGAAUCUAGUCAAAUUGGUGAAGAUGGGGAGCAACAUGUAAAAAUGGGAAAACUUCAUUUGGUGGAUUUAGCUGGAUCAGAGAGACAAAGCAAGACGAAAGCAACAGGUCAACGACUUCGCGAAGCUACUAAAAUUAAUUUGUCGUUAUCCACUUUGGGCAACGUAAUAUCCGCACUAGUUGACGGUCAAAGUUCUCACGUGCCUUACAGAAAUUCCAAACUGACCAGAUUACUUCAGGAUUCGUUAGGCGGAAAUUCGAAAACGUUGAUGUGCGCAAACGUCAGUCCAGCCGAUAUAAACUAUGACGAGACUAUAAGCACCUUACGUUACGCAAAUCGCGCGAAGAAUAUUAGGAAUCGUGCGAGGAUUAACGAGGAUCCGAAAGAUGCUCUGCUUCGUCAGUUUCAAGUCGAAAUUGAACAAUUGCGCAAGCAAUUGGAGGAAAAUGGCGCGGAGCUCUCGGAAUCCGAAGAAGAGUCUGAGGAUUCGGAAGAAUCGAAAGAGAUCAAGCGAGAUAAGAAAAUUCGACGUAGAAGGAGUCAGAUAUUGUCGGUGGAAGAGCUAGAAGACAAAGAUACAGAUUCGACGGAGAAGGUCGAUAAAGCCGAGAGAGAAGAUAAGAGUCCUGUAGACAAAGAUGUUAUUGAAUUAAAGAAGACUCAGAGCGAAAAAGAAGCCUUGCGGGAAAAGAUGCAAAAUUUACAGAAUAAGAUAUUAGUAGGUGGUGAGAAUCUACUGGAAAAAGCGGAAGCUCAAGAGCAAUUGUUGGCAGCUGCGGCAAUAGAGCUUGAACAGCGAAAGAGCAGAGAAGAGCAACUGAAAAAGGCUAUCAAGGCGAAGGAAGCAGAGCGCAUUGAUAUCGAAGAAAAAUACUCAUCUUUACAGGAAGAAGCCGCUGGAAAAACUAAAAAAUUGGCACGGGUAUAUACGAUGCUGAUGUCCGUCAAAGCGGAAUUAUCCGAUUUGCAGCAGGAACAUCAGAGAGAAAUGGAAGGUCUUCUGGAAGGUGUGCGGGGGAUCGGAAGAGAAUUGCAGCUCCAGAAUCUGAUUGUGAAUCAUUACAUUCCCGUUCAGUAUCAGACAAUGAUUAAGAGAUACGUUCACUGGAACGAGGAUAUUGGCGAAUGGCAGCUGAAAUGCGUGGCUUAUACGGGAAAUAACAUGCGCAAAGCACAGACUGUGCCAUCGGCGGGAAAUAACAAAGACACAAUGCCGUGUGACAUGUCGAAUAUAUAUCUGUCUUACAACACCGGAAUAGACACUGCAUUUGUGCAGCCGAAGAGAGUAAGAAGCCGUUCCGGCGUUCCCAGGCCAACCACGGCGCAUCGACGUACGCCACACUGAAGACAGAAACGAUUUUCCGUUGUGGAAUAUCACGGAAGUUUAUCUCUCCUUUUCUCAUACUUUUGUAGAUCUUUUUGUUUUUAUUUAAGACUCGCAUGUUUACGUUGCGAUAUUGAUACACGGUGAUGUCAAAUAAUAUUUUUAUCGCUCUCUCUUCUAUCAUGUGUUAUUUUUAAGACUUUUUGUUCUUUUUUUAUAAUAUACAGAGAUAUUACAUAGUAUACAAAGUAUACAAAGAGUAUAUCACAUAUAUGAAAAUUUAGUUAAUUAACAAGAUUAUGUAGUUUAACACACUAAUCAGUAGGAACGCUAUUUAUUUGACUAGAUUUUUUUCGUCGAAUUCACUUUGAAAUAUAUGACGUAAUAGACACAAAGUAUUUAAUCUCUAAAAGUAUUUGACUUUUUAAUUUAUAAUAUAUAAUGUAGUACAUCUUUAAAUAUAUAAAAAACAUUAUAUGUUUAAAAAAAAUACUAGAACUGCAUCUUUGUAAUUAAUUAACAUUAUAGGAGAGAGUUCAAUAGUAAUGUGGAAAACGAUCUAUCUAAAAAAACAAAAUUCAUUAGAAAAAUAAAAAUGAUGUUGUACCUGUGGAAUGAAACAAAGUGAAGAUUUUUUGAGAAAAGAUCAAUAAUUAUAUAUAAAAUCACAUACAACAUAUGUACACGAGAUAUAUUUAUGGAUUCUGUUUAAAGUCUGAUACUUCUAAGAAAAUCUUGUAGAAAUCGUAUA